CUUUUUAAAAAUUAUUUACAUAAAAAUUUACAAAAUACCUAUUUUAUCUAAGUUAUCCAAAUUAUUCAAACUGAUCAUAAACCACAUAAUUAAUCUAAAAUUAACUUAUUAAUCUGAAAUUAGGUUAAAUUCUAUAAGAUAUCUGAAACUUUUAUUUUUUACACCAUUUAAUCUUCAUACACCUUACUUACUGCUUUUUACCCAUUUUUUACGUUUUUUCAUGAUUUUAUAAUCUUUUUUAUCAAUAAUUCUAUAUGAUUAAAGUAAAUUAAUAGAUUAAUAAUAUUGAAUAAUGAGAUGUUGGUUUUAUAUUGAGGAAUAGUAAUGGAUGAGGAGAGUCCUUACGGAUUUGAUGAUUUGGUAUCUUUGAUGCAACAGAAUUUUUCAUCAAUAAUUGAGAAGGUUAAAGGUUUGAAGAUUCUGGUACUCGAUAACUCUACCAGCAAGAUCAUUUCCCUUGUUCUCACUCAUUCUUAUCUCCUACAGAAUGAAGUGUUAUUAACGCUUAAUAUCAACAGUUUACAAGUGGAGCCUGAUGAAAUAUAUGGUAACUCUGAGAUGGGUGGACUGGUACCGGGUUCAGAUCCCAACCUCAGACACCUCAAGUCAGUAUUUGUGAUUGAACCUAAUGUCGAUAACGUUAAUAGACUCUGUUCUGAACUCAAGUGUCCCACCUUUAAGUCAUAUCAUCUAUUCUUUACCAACAAACUUGACGAGGGGUUUCUUGAAAUCCUUGCUAGAGCUGACCAAUUCAACAUUAUCAACGGAGUGUACGAAUAUUUCAUUGACAUAAAUGUUCUACAUACUAAUUUAUUUACGAUAAACAAUUUUAAAAUUUGUAAUAAUACAAAUGCCAGUAGUAUUAUUAAUACUCUUAACACUAAUAAUACUUAUAAUAUACUGAAGACAGCUGGUAACGAUACGUUGGAUAAUAAUUUGAUGAGAUGUGUGAAUUCAUUGUUUUCAGUUUGUUGUUUGUUGAACCAGAUUCCAACGAUUGUUUACAGGAAAAAUAAUGUGAUUUGUCAAACUUUAUCAAACAAAUUGCAAAUGCUGUUUAACAAUAAUAACUUAAAUUUGCAAUCAAUACUACAACAGUAUAAUAAAUAUAACACAAAGUUAACUGGAGUAGAAGGAGUUGGAUGUGUACUGUUAGUAUUGGACAGAAAAGAUGAUUUGGUAGUACCUUUAAUGAAUCAAUGGACUUACAGAGCAAUGAUCCAUGAACUUAUUGGGAUUAACAAUAAUAAAAUAGUGGUAGACGAUUCUGAGUUUGUGCUCAACGAUCAUUUCUUCAACUCACACAUCUUCCACGAAUUUGUACAUGUAGAAGAAGAUCUCAAUACCCUUAUCUCACAAAAUAAACUUAAUACUAUCAAUACAGUUAACAUUGUUAAAUCCAGUAAGACUUAUAAUACUAAUAAUACCAGUAACACUCUUGGUACUGGUAAUACAGUUGAAAAUACUGUUAAUAUUAGUUCUGUAGCGGAAAAUGUUGAAAAUGUAUUGGAAAAUAUACCUGAAAAAAAUAGAAUGAUAAAUGAUGUAAUGAAGCAUGUUAAGAUAUUACAUGAAUUAUCCAAGAUAAUACAGGAGAAUAAGCUGUUGGAUUCAGGUUUAUUGGAGCAAGACAUUGCUACUAAUAGAAGGAACACUUUGAAUGACGUGAUUGAAUACAUCACAGAUAAGAACAAUUCCUACUAUGAAAAGGUCAGAAUCGCACUUCUUUUCACUCUCACAUGUAAUGACAGUUCAAAGAUUAAGAAGGUAAAGGACUAUUUGAUGAUGGGGAAGAUGGACGAAUUGGUGUCCCUAGUUGACCAUGCCACUGAACUCGUAAAAGGUAAAAAAAAUGCGAAUAGGGACGAAUUCACGAUAUCAACUCUCAAGGAUAAAAUAACCAAAGUUUCCUUAGAUACUCAAAGUCCUUAUCUACAGUUCAAAUCAAAUCUUUAUGCAACUACAUACAAUCUCAUAAAAGGUAAAUUGGAUAGUGAGAUGUAUGUGAUGGUUCCAAGUGCAUAUGAUCUGGGAUAUACACUCAAACAUAAGCCAGCAUCCGUAACUCACAACGCUAGUUAUACUAUCUAUUCAACUAUAUAUCAUACUAUUAUAAUGGUAAUAAUAUUUAUGGUUGGAGGAGUAACGUAUGGAGAAACUUGUGACUGUAACAUCAUUAGCCGUGCUACUGGAGUCCCGAUAAUACUCGGCGGGUCCUGCGUCCAUAAUUCAAAAUCAUUCCUCUCUGAUUUUUUCAAUUUUCCUAGCAAAUAA